GUCGCGAUAAUUAUUUAUUUUUUGCCGUGACUCGUACCUACCUGCCGCCGACAACAGCAGGGUAUAAUAUUAUGGUAUUUGUUUCGACUAGUUAUUCUGCGUAUUAAUCAUCCGUAUUGUGGACGUUUUGUCUUAUGGUCCCGUCACAAUGUACGACUAAUUAAUUAUUAUUAACCAUGUGAAACCGUCAAGCGUGUGGUAAUCCGUCGUUUCACGAAUUCACAAACAUACGGUUUUUGGUUUGUGACCGCCCAGUGUGGUAUUACAUUAACAUCAAUAAAUUCAAAGUAAUAGUGAAUAUUAAUUUGUUAAAAACAAAAGUGAUCAAAAUGAAACAAUUAUUUCUCGUACUACUCAUACUGUGCUGUUGGAGCAACAGCCAUGGAGAUGACCAGCAACCUGCUGUGAAGGAAGUAGUAGAAAUUAAGAAGAUAAAUAUAACCGAUGGUGGAAACGGUUUUCCGUUAGAGCAGUCGGCAAACGAUUCGACCACGAACGUAGAAAAAAAGGCUAAUUCGACUACGGACGCUACGACGGCGGCAUCUAAUGAAACUGUAGUUGCUAAUUCCACAGAAAAAUUGCCGCCGGUCACGCCCGGCGAACCCGUAUUGCCGAAAAAAGGAUCAGCUGAAGAAGAACGCAACAGCUCGAUCGCUAUAUUUUUUGUGCUCAGCGUGCUCGCUUUGGGUAUACUACUCAUCCAUUUGAUGCUUUCUACACAUUUCCAAUAUUUACCGGAAAGUGUUGUCAUAGUGUUCCUCGGUGCUAUCAUCGGUCUCAUCAUUAACCUUAUGUCUGAACAACACAUUGCCAACUGGCGAAAUGAAGAGGCCUUUUCUCCGACAGCUUUUUUCCUCGUCCUAUUGCCUCCGAUCAUUUUCGAAUCGGGCUACAACUUGCACAAAGGAAAUUUCUUUCAAAACAUUGGAUCGAUCUUGGUAUUUGCCAUAAUUGGUACCACAAUAUCAGCUUUGGUAAUUGGUGCCGGUAUUUACGUUCUCGGUUUGGCUGACGUUGCGUACAAAUUAAGUUUUGUCGAGAGCUUUGCUUUUGGCUCUUUGAUAUCUGCUGUAGAUCCAGUUGCGACUGUAGCCAUUUUUCACGCAUUGGACGUAGAUCCCGUUUUGAACAUGUUGGUUUUCGGCGAGAGUAUACUGAACGAUGCCAUCGCUAUUGUGUUGACCACGUCGGUGUUACAAUCGAAUGGGCCGACCAUGAGCACUUCCGAAGCCGUGUUGACCGGUAUCAAGCAGUUUUGUUUGAUGUUCUUCGCUUCAGCCGGCAUUGGAGUCGUGUUUGCGUUGAUCAGUGCUCUGUUACUGAAGUAUGUAGAUUUACGAAAGACGCCUUCGUUGGAAUUCGCCAUGAUGUUGGUGUUCACUUACGCUCCAUACGUGUUGGCCGAAGGCAUUCAUUUGUCAGGUAUUAUGGCUAUACUGUUCAACGGCAUUGUCAUGUCGCAUUACACUCAUUUUAACUUGUCUACUGUCACUCAAAUUACCAUGCAGCAAACUAUGAGGACAUUGGCGUUCAUUGCAGAAACCUGUGUGUUUGCGUACCUUGGACUUGCGUUAUUCAGCUUUAGAUUGCACUUUGAACCAGCUCUGGUGAUAUGGAGUCUCGUUUUGUGCCUAAUCGGUCGGGCGUGCAACAUAUUCCCGUUGGCUUAUUUGUGCAAUAAGUUCAGAGAACAUCAAAUCACCAAACAUAUGAUGUUCAUCAUGUGGUUUAGCGGCUUACGAGGAGCUAUUUCGUAUGCGCUGUCAUUGCAUUUGGAAUUCAGUAACGAAACCAGACACGUUAUUAUCACCACCACGUUGUGUAUAAUAUUGGUGACCACAUUGUUGUUCGGCGGAUCGACUAUGCCGUUAAUGAAGAUAUUACAAUCAACAAAAACAGGACGAAGCGCUCGGCGGCGCAGGAAAGACAAAGCCAUAUCUCUGAGUAAAACUAAAGAAUGGGGACAAGCGAUCGAUUCCGAACACUUGUCUGAAUUAACAGAAGAGGAAAUGGAAGUAAAUUUCAUACAGUCGCGAAUCAGCGGUUUCGCAAAACUAGACAUCAAAUAUUUUAUACCGUUUUUCACUAGGCGUUUCACUCAAGAGGAAUUGAAAGAUUGUAAAACGCAAAUGACCGACCUAACCAACCAGUGGUAUCAAGCGAUUCGCAUAACCCCCACGGCGUCCGACGACGACAAGACCAACAGCAACGGACAAGCUCAGACGUCGAGUCGCCAAUCCAGUUGACAAUUACAGCAGCCACCGGUUGUCGCACGGCAAAGUAAUGGAGGAGAAACGCAGUCGUUGUUACAUCGUCAAAACAUCAAAAUGUAACGGUUUUGUUUUACAGGUAAUAAUAUGUUUAGUGACGUUCAAAUCUUGUCGGCAUCGAGUUUACCACAUACGACCGGCCAGCCGCAGUAAUAUAUAUAUAUCUAUUAUGUGUGUUUCUAUUUUACGUACUUAAAAGAAAAAUUUAUAUAUAUAUAUAUAUAUUUAUUUAUUUAUUUAAAAAUACAACUACAUAAACAAUAUAUGUUAAUUGUAGCAUACCUAAUAAAAGAAAAAAAUUUUUAAAAACUUAACGAAAACCAAACGAUUAAAGCCAGAGGAGAUGGCCCGUUCGCAGUGUACUCUAAUCAACGCUUAAAGUCUGAAUUUAAGUACAUAAAUAUAUAUUUUAUAUUCAUUUACAAUAAAACGCAUAAUUUAUAUUGUUAUCUAAUAGAAUUAUAAAAAGUGUGAUAGUCAUUUAAUCGUAAUGAUGAUUUAUAGUUUAUAUUCGUCGUUGGUCGCCACGCGACGACGUACUAUUUAUUUAUUGUUUUUGUUUGAAUAUUUAGUUUAUUUUGUUUUUAAAUUUUGUUUCUUACGAACUUCAUCUUGGGGUAUAUAUUCUACGUUUGUAUAAAUAUUAUUUACUAAAUAAAACACACGAGGGCAAUUUUUUUUUUCCAUUAUUAAUUUUUUUUUUUUCAACUGACAAACAAUGUUGUAUUUUUAAAUUCAGGGUAUCUUUUUUUUAUAUAUAUAUAUAUAUGUACAACUUGACCACCACCAAACGUGCAUUUAUAUACGUUUUUGUGUCGAUUGGUAUUUCGAAACGACCAAUGCCUUGAAAAAUUGUAUAUUCUAAACAAAAAAAAUGUUCAUAAGUCGGAUUUAUAAAAAUUUUUUUUUUUAUAUAUAAUAAUUUACCGUGGGAAGGUGGGAAAACCAUCGCAUUCUCCUAACGUACAAGCAACGGCGGCAGCAGUCUUUUACUCGUAACGUUACCUCUUUAUAAUAAAUUGUACUUGAAAAAUGUAAUCUUUGUACAUCUGAUAUGUUUGUAUUGUUAUUGAGUUGUUUUCUUGUGAUAAAAAUAAAUGUGUAAUUAUGGAGAAACAAAAAAAUUGUAUGUUCAUUUGU